GGCCGGCCGGCGCAGGACGCGCUCGAAUCGGGCACGCGGUCAGAGCCGUCCCGAGCAGCGCGAUCCCAACCACCGCGGCACUGUGCCGUGCGUAGUGCGCCGCCCGCUGCCGCGCCGCCGUCCGCCCAGUUGCAGUGAUGAUGCAGCUUCCGAUCGUCUGUGUGACGUGCGCGCUGCUCAGCCUGCUCGUGACGUCACGGGCGCUCUCAGUGGGCGCCGGCUGCCAGCUCGAGCAGCUCGAGCUGAUGCCCAAGCGGACCAAGAAGUUGUGCACCAAGAUCCUGGCGUUGCGCGAGGUUCAGCGCGCCAUGGAGGGCUAUCUAGGCGACGAGAGUGAGUUCCUGGGAGAUGAGAUGCGGGGCGAACUGGGCGUGAGUGACAACGGCGCCAAGCGGCAGGAUGUCGACCACGUGUUCCUGAGGUUCGGCAGGGCCUGGCCGUAGCCGGCCGGCCCGGCGCCUUCUCCAGUGGCUGGGGAGGCUGUCCGUGCCGUCGGCGGCGGCGCGUCGCUCGCUCUCCGCCGUCGUGCCGUCCGCGGUGCCGUGUUGCUGCGAUCCCCCAGUGCCGCGCAACACACCGUUGUCAUCAACAGGCUCCGUGCGGCGCCCGGUGGUCAGUUUUGUUUGCGUUGUGAUUUGUACCAACCAGUAAGCAGAGGCCGAUGGCUCGUCUUGUCAGUUUGGCGAGCCAGUCACUAAGGCCUUAACGCCGCCUAUUGAGUCCAAGGAUCCAGCUCAGAGGGCUCAAUAUAACUAGGACAGGAACCUCUUGAGCGAUUUUCAGGCUUGAUAUCUAGACACAUUUCGAUGAAUUAGCAUGGUUUAUUUAUAAUUAAUCGACAUUUGUUUGCAGUCUUAAAUAAGGGUCUUGGCCGAUUCAUUGGUAUAACAGUGACAAUUCAAUAUCAUGUCAUGUAUUUGAUGUUCUGUCAUUCUGUCUUACGCUAAGCGACUUGAAACCGCUUUAUGCAUAGAUUUUACAGUUUUGCUAUACCGAUAAAAGUGUGAGCCAAAUGCUGAAUUACGUGCGUACCUACAUAUUAUAAAGGCUGUUCAACUUAUGUUGUAACCUUGGUCGUCAAGGCUUAAUGUGGCAUAACUUUCAUCAUUUAUGUUCUUUAUUAUUGUUUUGUAUAUUUCAUAUCUGUCAUUGCGAUACUAAUGCAAGAAAUGCAGAAAUAAAUCUGAUUUGAAUGAUGGCGCACAAAUGCGACUGCCUGCUGCCGGGGACA